GAAGAAGAAGCGAAAGAAGGGGAAGAAGAAGCAGAGACAGAAGAAGAAGAAGAAGAAGAAGAAGAAGGACAACAACAACAACAACAACAACAACAACAACAACAACAACAACAACAACAUUAUGUAGGCCUACUGUAGUUUAGUGGCUCCAGCAGCAGAACCAUAAAACAGUUUCUGUCCGUGUGCGCCGUCAUCCGCAGCUACAGCCGCUAAAGCUAGCGGCGUUAGCAGCACAGGCUAACGGACUGUUAGCAUCCCAGGCUAGCCGUUAGCAGCCCAGGCUAGCCGUUAGCAGCCCAGGCUAGCCGUUAGCAUCCCAGGCUAGCCGUUAGCAGCCCAGGCUAGCGGUUAGCAGCCCAGGCUAGCCGUUAGCAGUGUGUGUUCGUGUCCUGCGGUCUCCAGCUGGAGCGGGAUGGCCUCUAACACUCCGGGACCAGCCUUUCAAAAUAAAACCCGGGUGGCCAUUUUGGCGGAGCUGGACAAGGAGAAGAGACGGCUGAUGCAGAAUCAGUCGACAAACAACCCAGGAGCCAGCAUCUCGCUGUCCAGACCGAACCUGAAGGACUUCAGGGACAACGCAGAGCAGCAGCACAUCGCCGCCCAGCAGAAAGCUGCCCUGCAGCAUGCACACGCCCACUCGUCCGGCUUCUUCAUCACUCAGGACUCUUCGUUCGGGAACCUCAUCCUCCCCGUGCUUCCACGCCUGGAGCCCGACUCGUGACCUUUCCAGAACAAUCCUCACCCUUCGCUUUCUCUUCUCUUCUUGUCUUUUCUUUUCUUACAGUGAUUAACUGGUGAUCAGGAAAAAAAAAACCUUGUGGUUUGGUCUCGUCUGAAUUCAGUCCAUGAAUUUAAUUUGCACAUCGCACCAUCAGGAUGUGACAUCAUGCAUGAUUUUAAAAAAAGCUGUUUGUGUGGAGUCAGAGGUUCAGCAGACACAAACUCUGGCCUACAAAUAAUUUUCAUGUGGUCGAUGUGACGUAAACAAAAAAAAACAAGAAUGUGAUUUUUUUCUAAAUUAUCAUGGGUGUUAAAACUAUGUGGUAUUUUACAGAAAAUUUUUUACAAAAUCAUGAGAAUAAAAGAAAACAGAAAUUUUUAAAAUAAAAAUAUCCAACAUUUUAAUAGAAAUGACACAAAAUACUUUUCAUAUCAAGAGCAAACACUGCCAGAGAAAGUGUGUGAGUUUAUUGAGUUUUUCUCAUUAACAGAGUAAAAUGACAGGAAACACUUUAAACUGCAACUUCACUGCAUAAACAACAACAACAAACAAACGAAAAUACAAUCAGGCAAACCAGAGUCAGGUAAGGCGUGUUUCACACACACACACACACACACACACACACACACACACACACUGGGUGUAUUUUUGCGCCUCCACUUUUCAACCCAUUUACGAAGACAAAAGUUUGUAAGAUAGAAUUAAUAUUUGAUUAAAUAUUUUCAGUCUAAAACCAAAACCACAUGUAUAUUUUUUUAAACUUAAGACUAAAGCAGCGCAUCGCAAAUUUCUGAAAAUUUUUAACGUUGCAUUUCGAUGUUAAGAUGCACAUAAAUAGUUUUUUCGCCUAUCUUUGACUCUUUCAGUGUGGCAGUGAAAUAUUCUGCAGGUUUUGCCAAAUGAGGCGACUUUACUCUGCUCCUGUCAGCAUCUCUAAUAUGAUUUCAAACAAACAAGCAACACAAACUGUAAACAAGACGGCAUCCUGGAAAUUAAUCUUGGAACGGGUUAGAAAAGGAGAUUUAUAGGAAAAACGGCAGAGUUGUCAGGUUUUAUGUCGGUUUGUUAUCAAUGUGAGCUGAUUUUUUUUUUUUUUUUUUUUUUUUUUUUUAUGAUUCAGGAUGUGUUUUAUCUUUGUCGGAGAAAACAAACUGGCCUCACAUAUCGUCUGUACUUUAUUUGGUCACAGAAAACAUCUCACAUGGCUUUCCAUGAAAAAGUGUAUAGUUUUGUUGUACAUUUGUAAGUUACUUGUAUUGUUAUUAGUGCUAUAAAACUAUUAAAUUUAGUUUUACAUGAA